CCCCAUCCAGCUCGUCGUCGCGCCCCGGGCUCGAACCGACGACUCGUGCGACAUGCUCGCCGACCUGCCCCCCGAGAUUCUAUACCUGGUGGUGGAGUGGCUGUCGGAGCGAGACGUCGGCGUCCUGGUCCGAACAAACACUCGCCUUCAUAGCCUUCUUGACGAGCGUCUCUACCGGCGCAACGUCCUGCUCUUCGACGCCUUCUCCCUGCACUGGGCCGUCGCUGCGGGACGUGUAGGCACGGCGCGCAAGGCCAUCAACGCCGGGGCCGACGUCAACCGCGGCAAGGACGGCAGCCCGGACCGGCGGCCGCUUAUCCUGGCCGCCAGGCACGGCCACGUCGGACUGCUGGAGCUCUUUCUCGCGGCACCCGGCACCGACGUCAACGUCACCGACUCUACGGGCCGCGGCGCGCUGUCGUGGGCCGCCGUGGUCGGGCUCGAGCGGCCCCUCGCCAUUCUCCUGGCCGUCGACGCCAUCGAGGCCGACGCGGGGGACGCGGCCGGCCGCACGCCGCUCUGGUGGGCCGCCGCCGUGGCCGAGCCCUCGGCCGUCGCCCUGCUCCUCUUCAGCGAAAAGGUCUCGGUCGACCGGCCCGACGAUAGCGGCCAGACGGCGCUCAUCGCGGCGGCCGCCGGGCUAGGCAUGACGGGCGCCGUGGACGAGUGCGUCGAGAUGCUGCUGUUCGCGGGCGCACGUCCUGACGCGAGAAGCCUCGACGAUAGGACGCCGCUGUCGUGGGCCGCUGGGCUCGGCAAGUUGGGCGUCUUCAAGCUGGUCCUCCGCGCCUUGGACGAAAGCGGCUUCAAGGCCGAGGACGGCAUCGGCGGCUGGACCACGCGGGACUGGGUCACGGCCGCCGAGAAGAACGUCAUGGUUCAGCUGCUACAAGCCGGCUCGCCGAGCUGGUCCUCUCCGCAGGAAGCGCAUCGAUGAACGUGACUAUUUUAUGGCAUCUCCUUGCAGGGCAG